CAGUAGUUUGACCUGUGGAGGUCGGCUGCAGGAGUUUCAUUCCAACAUCCACACCUGCUAACACAUGCUAACACCUGCUAACACCUACUAACACAUGCUAACACCUGCUAACACCUACUAACACAUGCUAACACCUGCUAACACAUGCUAACACCUGCUAACACAUGCUAAUACAUGCUAACACAUGCUAACACCUGCUAACACCUACUAACACAUGCUAACACCUGCUAACACAUGCUAAUACAUGCUAACACCUGCUAAUACAUGCUAACACCUGCUGACAUCUACUAACACCUACUAACACCUACUAACACAUGCUAACACCUGCUAACACAUGCUAACACCUGCUGCCAUCUACUAACACCUACUAACACAUGUUAACACCUGCUAACACAUGCUAACCUCUGCUAAUACAUGCUAACACAUGCUAACACCUGCUAACACCUACUAACACAUGCUAACACCUGCUAACACAUGCUAAUACAUGCUAACACCUGCUGACAUCUACUAACACCUACUAACACCUACUAACACAUGCUAACACCUACUAACACCUGCUAACACCUGCUAACACCCGCUAACACAUGCUAACACAUGCUGACAUCUGCUAACACAUGCUAACACCUGCUAACACAUGCUAACACCUGCUAACACCUGCUAACACCCGCUAACACAUGCUGACAUCUGCUAACAACUAAUGUUGUGACCACAAGUUAUUAAGGCAUGAGAGAGAAAGAUCACUAAGAUGUGAUACAAAUGAAUGAUCCUAAUUAUUAAUUAAAUACCUCUUCAACCAGCUCCUGGUGGAAAACGUGUGUCAGGUUUGUCAUGUGGUCACAUCUGGGAAUCAAACCAUCGAUCACAUAGCUGACAAUGACCUGACAGAGCAGGGGAAGACGCUGGUGAACCAGUGAGCCGCUCGUGUGGAGACAUGUUUGUGGACACAUGGUUCGUGACGUGUUGAGGUUGUUAACAGGGAAGUGAAGCUGCAGCUCAGUCGUCCUCGAGAAGACAUGAAGUCUGUGCCUCUGCUGCUCGGGCUGUCUGUGCUGCUGCUGUCUGGACGGACAGUUUCUGCAGUGUCUCUGAAUGUCAGUCCAGACCUCCAGCAGUUCUUCAGUGAAGACUCAGUGUCUCUGAGUUGUGUUGAAGGAGGACAGACAGGUGGACAGAUAAUGAAGAGGACAGCAGGAGGACAGACAGGUGGAUGUGGACAGAGCUUUGGGACGAUGAGUAGUUCGUCCUGCAGCUUCCCACAUUUAUCCCGUUCAGACUCUGGAGUUUACUGGUGUGAAACCAGCGAUGGACAAAAGAGUCAACAGGUCAACAUCAGUGUCCGAGAUGAUCGAGUUAUCCUGCAGAUCCCUGCACUUCCUGUGCACAUAGGAAGUGAUGUCACACUUCGCUGUAGAAGCAAAAACGGGUACUUUGAGACGGCGUACUUCUUCCGGGACGAUGUCUACUUCUCGCUGAAACUAAACGAAACGUGGACCAUCAGAGACGUGAGAGGGACGGACGAGGGGACAUACUCAUGUUCCACUGAAACGUAUGGAUCUCCCUACAGCUGGCUCAGGGUCGCAGGUGCGUGACAUCACUUCCUGUUUUCACUUCACACACUCAAGCUGAAAAUAAACAGAAGCAGGUGUGGUCUCUCCACAGCUCCCCCCCCUCCCUCGUCCUCUGUGUUCAGACUCUUCUGCCUCCUGGUGGUCGUCUGUCUGUUCUGCAUCUGCUCCGUCAUCCUGAUGUCAUGGGGCUGCAGCGGGAUGACAGAAAACAAAUCAGCCGUUUCCAUGGAGAUGACCCCGUGUGUUGAAGAGUAUGAUGUCAUCACUGCUGAUGUCAUCACUGCUGAUGUCAUCACUCACCUUGAUGUCUGAGCGGAAGGCGUCGCUAUAGAGCUACUGUUAGCAUCACCAGCUGUUUGCUAACGUUAUCAUCACCUGCUGUUUUAUUAAUGAGUUAUUUGUUUUAAUUUCGGACAUUUUUCUUCGUGGUUUCUUUCUUCUUCUCUGCCGUCGACUGGACGCUCACUCCCCCUGAGGUUCAGACUGGUACUGCAGGAGGAGGU